GAAUUUGUCAUUAACCGGACUAAAACAUGCGCUCAUUGGGAACUCUGGGCGUCGCGCUGCACGCAUCUCUGCUGGUGCUGCUGGCCCAGGGGUUCCAAAGAUCCAGGGACGGGGUCUACGUGAGGCCGCUGCAUCGUCUCCCCGUGUCGGACCGAUCCACCGGGCAUCACCUGCCCACCUACAUGGUGCACCUCUACAGGAACUUCAAGGCGAACCUCUCCGGGCCCUUGGACACCACCGAGCAGGACGCAGCGCGGCAGGCGGACAUCGUGAAGAGCGUGAUGGCCAAAAGUUUCACGUACAGACACAGGCGCUGGGUUGCGACCUUCGACCUCCACACCCUGCUGGCCGACAAACAGAUCCAAGCGGCAGAGCUGAGAAUCCGGCUUCCUCGGACACCAAGCGCUAGCAACAUCUCUGUGGAGGUCUAUCACCAGCAAGGCCAGGCAUGCCACAUGCACCAGGGCUGCCAAGAGCAGCAGCUGGUGGGGCUGCUCGCCGAAUCAUCACUGGUAACUUCAUCACAGAGCUGGAAAGUGUUCAACAUGACAAGUCUCCUCUUGGACUGGCUCAGGCAGAAGUCGACGACGAGGAUUCAACACAAACGGGUGUCAAGAAGAAAGAAGACGGUAAAGUCAAACAGAGGCCUGUCGCUUCCUGACCAGCCUGUCUAUGUGGCGAACCCGGGGAGAGAUCAGGACGUUAGCGACCGAGCCUUGCUGGUCAUCUUUUCGCGCACUGGCUCGGGCAAAAACUCAAAGGCCAAAGCAAGUUUACUUCACACAGCUGAACAAUCCAAGUUCUUGUCCCCCGCUGAAAUCAAAAAGGCUCGCUGGCCAAAGAGGCGCAGGACCAAACGGGGCCACAGAGAACCAAUAGCGAGAGGCCCGCAGGUGUCCAAAAGAGGGAGUGAAAAAACACUAUGUCGCAAAGUCGACAUGCAUGUGGACUUUAAUCAAAUAGGUUGGGGAUCCUGGAUCAUCUUUCCUAAGAGGUACAACGCAUUCCGCUGUGAAGGGUCCUGCCCCGGUCCACUGGGAGAAGACCUCAAUCCAACAAAUCAUGCUUACAUGCAGAGUUUACUGAAACAUUACCACCCCGACAGAGUGGCACCGCCCUGCUGCGCCCCGACCAAAAUGAGCCCGCUGAGCAUGCUGUACUACGAGAACGGAGAGAUGCUCCUUCGGCACCACGAAGACAUGAUCGUGGACGAGUGCGGCUGCCAGUGAUGGCUGCGUCCACCACCUCCAGGCAUGACCUGUGUUGCUGAGCAGCAGGACAGCAAAAGUGUCUGAGAAACAAAAGAAAACACUUAACCAGAGGGAGGGAGGGGGGAGCUCUUUGAUAUUUGUCACUGUACACGGCGAGAUUGGAGCUGAUCUUAAGUUUGUAAAGAGGCAUGACUUUAAUUUGUGAUGUGAGCUCUGGUUUGUCAGGAGAUCAUGUGCUGAAACAAAAACUCAACAUCAAUUUGAUCAAUGUAAACAUGAAAUGGCAACGUUAAUGAAUAUUCCAGCACUGUUUUAUUGUAAACUACCAAUUGUGUAACUGUAUAUUAAUGUAUAUUUAUUGUAAAUAUGUUUUUAAAAAAUGUGUAAUUUAUGUACAUUUUGCACAUGGAGUAUGUAUUUUACUUUACUUUUUUGGCAUGUGAGUCUAGUAAAGUUAUAUAUUAGUAAAA